CCGAGACCCAUUUGGGAAAGAUGAGCAAAUCAUCAAAUCUGCAAAUCAAUUGACUAAGCUAAACGAACGAACUGCGAAUGAAACUGCGAACGAUUUGAAUUGUACCUAAUCAACCCACUUCCAACUUUCACCACCCUCACCACUCUCCCCUCACCUUUAAUUAACUAGACACUUGCCAAUUGACCACCACAAUUGCGAUGUCGUCCUACAGUCUCGCCCCUUUCGUUCUCAAGCGGCCAUGGCUGCGAAACCUUUUGACGCCCGCCGCAAGUUGGUACGUCAACUUGGCCGGCUAUCGCAAGCUUGGUCUCCGAUUCGAUGACUUGGUCGUAGAGGAAGACGAGGAUGUCCUCAAAGCCCUCAAGCGCCUCCCGCCCCAGGUCGCCUACGACCGCGUCUACCGACUCCGCCGCGCAUUCCAGUGCAGUACCACCCACAAGCUUCUGCCCAAGGAAGAAUGGACCAAGGACGAGGAGGAUGUCCCUUACCUUGCGCCAAUUAUCGAGCAGAUCCGAGCCGAACAGAAGGAGAAGAACGAUCUGGACACUCUGACCAUCGUCCGAAAUCACUAAGUCAAUAAAAAACAGUGACCGGUCCGCAAAACUACCGAGCACAAGAAAGAAACGAGCCCGAGAUGCUGAACCUGUAUAUCACAAUCGCACCCUUACACUUAGAGAAGAAGAAGAAGGAAUAAAAAACAGUUGAACCAACUCGCUCGACUCCGUCCUAUUUCAUAUAUAUCAAAAAGAAGUUUUUAAAGAGGUAUAGAAAUGCAGACAAAAUUCGGUGUUCCCGAGAUACCAUUGCCUAUGUGUAUAUACCUACCUAGAUUCCACUCAUCCAGUAGACUCCUUCUGCGCAAGCCGUGCCUUUUCGGUGCCUAUAUCCAUAAAAAGCAUCGUCCGAAACGUUAACCGUUAAUUUUUUAAGGAAUGACCAAGUCAGAUGAGCACUGUUAUAAACACACCUAACACCGUUCAUACAUUCUACGUAUAGAGACAUGCGGUAGG